UGGUGAUGGGAAGCAGGGGUGCAAUGUCUAAAACACAAAUCUCUCCAUUUUAUUCAGUAUCCAGAACCUCCAGUGAACCUACACGUGGAUUGUGAGUGUUUAAACAGACAUAAAUCUGUACGAAUGUUUUCUUUGGGGACUAUUUUGUCUUAAAGCACCUUGCAUGCACCCCUCUGCCAUCACUGGAUUAGAAAAUAGAUGUUUUAGGCCAAUACAUCCAUCUCAAAAAUAUCAUACAUAUCUGAUAUCCAUCAGUAUAUUCAUAACCAUUUCAUAGUUGUCUAUGAGGGAGCUCUUAAAGCCAUUCAAUUAAUCAGACGUCUGGUUCCUAUCACCAUCACUGAAUAGUUCAGACUGGAGCAACAUCAGACCCCUCAAACAAUUAAAAAAUUGGUAGAAUUUCCAAAUAAGAAUCUUUUCCUUGGUCUGCAAUACUAAGGUUAAAUAAUCCUCAAUAACAGUACAGGUGACUCUAUACAUGUUCCAACCUAACCUUAUAGCCAAUUAUGAUGUUCAGUAUUCAGAACUUCGAUAGAUUUCGAUUUAGACUUAUUUAAAAAUAUAAAAAAUGCUGUCCUAGGUUUUCAAGUCACUACUAAAAUGCAGUUUAGUCAGUAUGUAGAGGCUUAUUUUAGCUACACCCCUGCAUUUUAGAGCAGGAAAUGGCAUGGCAUCCCUGUCCUAAAUGACCACAUGAUGAGCAGCUACAUCACAUUGUUUUGAAGUGUGUCCCAAAGUCUGGAAAUCAGUGUGGAACAUGUGUAAGAAUUUCACAAUACUGGUGUCAUUUUGCAAUUGUGAAACCCGGUUCUUAUCUGAUCUGUUAUAUGACCUGCUAAAGAGUACAUUGAGAUAAAGCUAGUUGCUGUCAAUGUUAGCUACAGCUGGAAAAAAUUAGUACAUUCAAAAAGGUUCUCCACAAACUAGUAAUUGCACUAGUCCACUUUUUCAGAUCACAAACAUUUUUACAUUGUAGAUAAAAGUCAUGAAAAUGGAAAGAAUUUUGUCAACAUAGUCAACUUUACAGUGAUGGUUGAUCUGACAAACCGUUUUCAUUGUAUCAGCUCCACAUGGAGGACUUUCAGUUUCAGAAAUAGCUGGUUGGUUUGGUGUGUUUGUGGUCACUUACUGAAGAAUCAGCCUUUUCAUCAAAAACUGCCUUUUCAUCAAAAAACUGUUUCACUGCUUAGUAUUAGAGGCUGACUGCUGUGUUCUUUGUGAUUUGUUCAUUAUGUGCUUGGUUGGGAAUCGGAAAGUAUCUUUAUUGUCAUUUGGAAUAUAAAGAGAGAUCCAACUAAGACACGUAUAACAAUUUUAAAAGAUGGAGAAGCAGAUAGAAUAACAAAUGAUAGAAGGCACAUGGCACUUCUAGUAGUCUUGUUUGAGUUACCAUUGGUACUCCAUGGCUCUGGUAAAGUACCCUGGAGUCAAUGGUAAACUAACGUUGGGGUCAAUAAACAUUUGUGUAGAAAUAUCUAAUAGAGUACAGUAUACAUAGCUAUCAGGGUACAAUAGCAGCGUCUAAAUGGUGCAGUAAGUGAUUCUGGAGAACAAUUGUUGAUAUUUGAACCCCUCCCUCCAGUGCUACCUCAGAAGGUAAGCCUCUCAAAUUCAGGUGAAUGACACCGGGCUAGCAAACCCCUCAUCCCUUUUCAUCAACUCUUGAUGAAGCUGAAGUUAGUUUCUUAUUCGACAGUUUAUUUUUUUUAUUUUCCCAUUCCAUCUUAAAUGGUUGAACAGUUACAGUCUGUCACCUGAAAAUAGGACCAAGAAGCUGGCAAAUAGGAAGCCAUAUUCAGCCUUGUCAACUCUCUGAGGUCACCCUUGUUCAUAAAUGUCUCACAACAAUGUUAACACAACUCUCCCACCUUGCCUGAUCACGGAACAUUUUUCUUAAUAUUUGUUCUUCAGAUAGUCUCCUCUUUGGCUGUUUCUCAGCCAUUUUUCCUUCUGGACAAUGCAUAGAGUUCAACGCGUAGCUUGUGCCAGAUAUACAGUUGCCCCUCCCACUCUUCUUCCCCCGUGCUGUGCCUGAGCAUGAACCCCCUCUGUUGCUAAUUGGCUGGAAUAGUGUUGUGUGGCUCUUUCCUAACCAUUUUCUUUGUUUUCCAUUUACACAACCAGGGCUGUGUAUGAACCCAGCAUUUUAUUCCAGCAUGCACACACAGCAGACAGCUAGUGGACUUUUUCACUUAAUUUGACCAAAAGUGAAUUGGAUUAAAAUCACUUACUGCACCUUUAAUUAUGUGAAAAAUCAACUAGCAUUUUCCUGGUGUAAAUAGGCAGCAAACACACUACUAUGUAAAACUAAGCAACCCUUCUAUUGUUUAAUUUCUGGGCCAAAUGCUCUUUGAGUACAAGUUAUAAAAUUUUCAGUGUAGGUUAUAGAAGCGUGUAGUGAAACUUUGGACGUACCAGUGGGUCCUAGAAAUUUUAAGGGGCUUAUUUAAAAAAAACAAAAAAAAAACAUGAAAUCUGCAGGGCUGUUUUUUCCACACCUACAAAGUUCAGUCUUUAAAGUUGGUUGCAUUUUCUGCUCAUGCCUGAAACCCCUCCUCCUAAAUUCUCAUCUCUGCCCUUGGCUUCCUGUGACAAAGUUUUCGCAGUCAGCAUUUCCUUCCUGUUCCUGUGUCCCAUGUUCCAGUCCUACCACCAUCCAAAAACAGGGGUCUGGCACCCAGUCAGAAGCUGCCCAUAACUCUAGUCUCGGAGUUCUCAGAGUUCUCCCCUCCCUCAACCAGUCUCCCCUCAAUCAAGCACCAUUAUGUUGAAGGCAGCGUACGCUGAACUGCUUAUCUGAUGGUGACUGUUUUGGCGGUCUGACAGGUCUCACAUGGUGGUUAAGAGACACAUUUGCUCUGUAUCUUUUAAUCAAUUUUUGAAUUUCAGUUUUGGAAACUUUUGUUUUUUUCAUCAGUUUUGACUUUCUCUUCCUUAUGCAUGUGGAUUGUGUUCUAUCUAGUCUCCUUUCUGACCGGGAAGGUGACCCCUGAUAUUUGCACAGUUCUGUACAGUACAGAUAACCUGUUCUCUGAGCAUGAAAAGGAUUGAAUGAAGUAGGACGGAGUGAAGUAUAGAACAGAAUGGAAAAGGAAGCAGGUGAUGGUUCAGCAGGUUAAGUUUUAUGGGCUGAAUCAUUCAGCUGUCAUAUCACUUCCUCUGAUGACAGCAGGGGGCUGGCCCCAGCAGUUGUUUUGUACUGGUUGGAACAAACGUACCGGAGACUUAUUAAAGAGACGGGAGCGUGUUGCUGUUGUAUCUGGACUUAUGGAUUGUAAAACACACUGGACCACGCUGGACUAAACUGGAUUCAUACGUAUCAGGUGAAAUAUGGACUUUAACAUGCUUAUCCUGUUGUGUCUUUUCAAUGGACCGUUAUCAGCAUCAGAGUCUUUCUCUGAGUCACCUUUCUCACCCAGAGAUCUUGAGUGUGUGUUCAUGGCUCAUGCGAACGUCACCUGUCACUGGACUCCUGCUGUGAAUGCUCAACCUGAUACACACUACACCCUGCAAGUCAACCUGACAGGGUGGAAAAGUGAUCAAUGUACCUCGUCUCUGCCCCGCUGUUCUGUGCCUGUGAGCUCUCUCAACCGGAUAUACUGUAUUCAGGUCUUCGCGCACAGUGACCACCACCCAACGGUCAGCUCUGAUAUGCUAUGCCUGAACGGCACUGAUGCAGUGAAGCUGCCUCCACCUGAACAGUUCUGGCUGAUCGCGGAGAACGGGAGUCCACGGUGUCUGAGACUGCGCUGGUCUCCUCCAAAAAACUUCCCUUUAACCACUCAGAAGAUCAACAGCAGUUAUCUGCUGUAUCAACUGCAGAACAGCACAGCAGAUCAGAAUGGUAAGCCCCUGGAUGUGGAUCUGAGAGAGGAGCUGCAGUGUGUGUUCUUGCCCUGCACUCAGUACAGUUUGAAGAUGCGUUACCGCUACAACCACAACCUGAGCCACUGGAGCGACUGGAGUCCCACUACUACUAUCCACACUGACGUACAGGCACCAUCUUCAGUCCCACAGCUGUGGUGGACAGUUCAGCCAGCAGAUGCUGCAGGAUUUAGGCGUGUGACGUUACUAUGGAAGGCGGCACUGGAAACAGCAUGCACAGCAUGGUUCAGUGUGCAGUGUCCAGCAGCUGUGGAUUUGGGGGACUGUACUAACCUCAGCCUGGCCAACAGGUCCUGCCACCUGAUUGUCCCUCGAAACACCUGUAUUUGCACGUUCAGCAUGUUCAACUUUGCAGGCUCCGCCCCUCCGGCCUCUAUCACCAUAUCCAGCCAGUGGCAGACUGUGAAUAUUACAGAUCAGACAUCAUUGAUAUCGCUCCAAGUGACCUCACUGAAUGAUUCCAGUGUGGAAGUUCAGUGGAGAGCCAUGGAGUCUCCCACCAUCACUGGCUUUGUAGUAGAGUGGUGUAUUACAGAGAGCACUCAAUGUCAAAGGGACCCUCACUGGCACAGAGUGGGCAACAACACUAACAAAGUCAUUAUCACAGAGGGAGUGGAACCAAACACACCCUACUCUAUCAGUGUGAGAGCAGUGUAUGGAGUGAUGUCUGACCCUGGCUUAACAGUACUAGCUUAUAGCCGCCAAGCAGCACCCUCUGCUGGUCCAAAACUGUAUGUUGCAGAGAACAGCUGCUUAAAUGUGAUGCUCCGUUGGAGUCCAGUACCUUUGGCCCUUCGCAAUGGUUUUAUUACCAGAUACACCCUGCAUUAUCAGAAUGAGAACGAUCUCAUACGAGAGCUACACAUGCCUGUGGACUGGCAGCAGUACAAAUUCCUUGGUGUAUCUGGACAGUACAGGUUCUAUAUGAAAGCCCACACUGAAGCAGGGACGGGACCGGCUGGACCUGUUCUCACUGUGUUCUUAGGGCCAUGUACCUCCAUGCACAUUGCGCUGUUGAGUGGCUGUGUAUUCAUAGCAGGAUUCUCCAUACUGCUCUGUAUGUGCUGGAGAAUGAGAUGGAGGAUAAAGCAGAAUAUCUGGCCCAAGGUCCCUAACCCAGCUCUCAGCAGCCUUUCUGACUGGCUCUAACAACAGCUACACUGUUCAUGCCUUAACUGUCUGAUCGGAGUCGCAGGGGAUGUAACCAUCCACCAGGGGGCAGGUGACUAAAAGAAAGUCACAGUAAAUGUAAAUAACACUGUAUAUUAUGUUCAUAAAGAGAUUCUUAUAGGUGUAUUAUAGCAUUUCUCCCCACAAGAGUAUAUUUUGGGGGGGAUUUUUUGUCCUACAUUCUGUAGUUAAUAGAAAUACAAAGACAUUAAUCAUUAAUCCACAUCAUAUAAAAAGAAACAUUUACUUUUUGGAGGUGCAGUUGUCUUUCAAAGGGCUCUUAUGAUGAUUUUUUUUAUAUAUAAAUAAAUAACUUUGCAACUUUGUAAAAAAAAACUUUCAAAAUGUACCAUUCACUCCUCAAAUCAUACAAUCCUAUAUUGAAACUAAGCUGCAACACACAUGCAGGGUUUCCUUCCUUAAAUGCCACUUUUUUCAUGAUAUAUGUUUUGGGAGUGGGCUUCACACGUACAACAAAGAUCUACAUUGAUUAAUAAUGCCAAGUAUACCUUGUUUUUUUGAUAAAGUUUGUUAUAAGCCAGCUGUUCUUUUUUCCAGCUUUUUUUUAUUUACAAGUUAAUUUGAGACAUCAUGGAAUUAAGCUUUGCACAUAUUGACCAAUUAGGGCUACAUAUUUCUCUGGAUUCUCUGAAUCUUUUAGUGAUGUUAUGUACUGUAGAUCAUUAAAUCCCCAUUCUUUGCUAUUUUACGUUGAGAAAUAUUAUUCUUGAAUUUUUGCACUAUUUGCCUGUGCAGUCUUUUACAGAGUGGUGAACCCCUCCUCAGCCUUUCUUCUGAAAGACUCAGCCUCUCCGAGAUGCUCUUUUUAUACUCAGUCAUGUUGCUGACCUGUUGCUAAUUAACCUAGUUAGUUGUUGGAUGUUCCACCAGGUGUUUUUUAGCAUUACACAGCUUUACCAGUCUUUUGCAGCCCCUUUACCAAACGUUUUGAACUGUGUUGCUGGCAUCAGGGGUUUAAGGGUUUAAAUGAUUUGCACAUAAUUUUUUUUGUAUUGCAAAUUUGUAUUUUAUUUCUCUGGCUUAUAAUAAUGGCUGCUUUGUCAGCCAUUUCUGAGAAACGCGUCACCUCACGAUUCCUGGGCAGCUUCUGCUGAUGUCAACACUUGUGUUCACUUGGUCCCUCACCCUUCUGGGGGCUCAUCUAAGAAACUUCACUUAAGUCAAUAAAAGUAGAUGAUGCCAGAGAUUAAAGAUAAUACCAGGGAUCUCCCCAAGUGGAAUGGUAAGGCCAAGUGAAUGAAGACAUGUUUUAACUGGUAUUAAAACCAGAAAAUGAAAUCUUUUCAUAACAUAUUUAGAUACAGAUUAAAUACAGAUCAUUACAUAUAUCAGUCCUAAGGCACAGUAACAAAACCAGUGUAAUUAUAAAGGAUAAAGAGAGGUUGGAAGAUGGUCAUGUUAAGAUGAGAUAUGACCUUUUUUGGUACAUAAAAGUGUGCAAAGUGGACCCAAAGGAAGACAAAUAUAGGAUGACCUUCGCACAUUUACUGUGAUAGGAAACUGCUAAUUCAGACUGACCUGGUUUUUGAGUUGAGUAAAUUAUAGCUGGGUGUUGCAUAGGUGCUCCCUUGUUUUGAAAUAGUGAUGCCAUUUUAAUCUAAGUCUCCGCCCAGCCUUAUGUAGCAUGUAAAUAGCAUAUACUUUUAGAUGAAAAACAUUUCCAAAUCAAGUCCUGCCACACCAAAUGAUCACUUUGUUGAGGUGUGUUAUGUUCUUUGUUGGCUGAAUGAAAUGCUCCUGCUUUUUUAAGUAAGACUGUUUUGUUUUUUUUGUUUAGGGUGUGGGGGGUGGUCUCUAUUUGUGUCCCAGAGCGUCGCUUUCUUCAUUUGUUUGUGGUUUAAGGGCAGGAAGGGCGAUGCCAGUCACAGAGUGUUAUGGCCCUGCACAGUAUAAUGUCUUCAACACUGGAACACAUCAAUAUUCAACAAAUUUGAGCCUGAAUUAUCCCUGUGAUUUUACACUCAAUAGCUACAUCAUCAUCACGUUUCUGAGCAAAGUGCAAGGGAUACAAUGAAAUUUGCAAUUCUUUUACUAUUAAAAGAUUUUUAAGUCUUUAAAUUCAGUUUGAAGAAAACAAGCCACUGGGCAGCAAAACCUGCAAAAUUGUUUAUGUAUUUUCAAUGUAUUGUUUGAACUUGUGCAGGAAUUUGAUGGAAACAUUUUCUUUUUUUGUGAUUUUAGCUACCCUGCAGGUUGUUUCCAUCAAACUCUUUGUAGUUAUACAUUUCCUUUUAUGUAAUUUACUGCAAAAAAUAAAGGUUAUUUUGUAUUUUGUA